CUUCCUUGGUUGUUCGUUGUAUAAAAAUCCAAAAGCUCACCCGAACCUUCUCUCUCCUUUCUCUCAAAUCAAUAACUCAGUCGUCUCUUCUCUUCUAUCUUUUCUUCCUCCAACAACCCGAAACGCAAGAGAAGAUAGAUCCUCAUCUUCUGCUGUGGAUUUUGCUUAUUGAUCUUUGUUUGGUUAGCUUGAAAAAAAAUGCCUGCUUGGUGGGGGAGAAAAUCUACUAAGCACAAGGACGAAACUCAGAAUCAACCUACUCAACACAGUCCUCAGGGAACUAAUCACUUCGGAUUCCUUAAAUCUCCGGUCAGAAAUGAUGCCAAGAGAACCAAAGACAAGCCCAAGAGCUUUGACGAGGUCUUGACUCGUGUCUCGCCCAGGCUCAGCAGGGAAUUCCCCGCCGCCGCCACCCCCGUUUCUCCUCCUCCUCCCCCCUGUGGGCCUUCUUCUGGGUUUUCUGGAUUCGAUUCGGAUGGCUCUCGGUGCCACCCUUUGCCUCGGCCUUCGAUUUCGUCGAUGCCCAGCUUGGGGAACGACCAGGGAAAUGGAUUGGGAUUUGGCUCGGGCUCCGUUUCUAGCGUGAGCUCUAAUGGCUCUUCUGAGGAUCAUCCGAUUGGGCUUGAGAAUGGUCAAUUGGGUUUUUACAGAGGACAUCCUGAUGCCAAGCAAAACGUUAGGCCAAGAAGCCCCGGUCCAGGGUCUAGAGGUCCCACCAGCCCCACAUCGCCUCUUCAUCCUAUGUUGUCUGCCAUGAGUCUGGAGUCUCCAACUGGAAAGCCUGAAGAUGGGAAAACCCAAUGUCACCCACUUCCUCUUCCUCCUGGUUCGCCUACUAGUCCUUCUGCCUUGCCCACCACUAGAUCUUGUGGAGUCACGGAUGUUACAACUUGCACACUCUCAAAAUGGAAGAAGGGAAAACUUUUAGGAAGGGGAAGUUUUGGCCAUGUUUAUAUUGGAUUUAACAGUGAAGGUGGACAAAUGUGUGCAAUAAAAGAAGUCAGACUUGUUUCUGACGAUCAUACAUCUAAAGAAAGUCUAAAACAAUUGCACCAGGAAAUAAAUUUGCUUAGUCAGCUCUCACAUCAAAACAUUGUUCGAUACUAUGGAAGUGAAUUGGUUGACGAUGCACUCUCAGUUUAUUUGGAAUAUGUAUCUGGUGGCUCAAUCCACAAAUUACUUCAAGAUUAUGGCGCCUUCAAGGAACCUGUCAUACAAAACUACACCAGGCAGAUUCUUUCAGGGCUUGCAUACUUACAUGGAAGAAACACAGUGCACAGGGAUAUCAAAGGGGCAAACAUUUUAGUAGAUCCUAAUGGUGAAAUCAAGUUGGCAGACUUUGGCAUGGCUAAACAUAUAGCAAAUUGCUCUUCAAUGCUCUCUUUCAAGGGAAGUCCUUACUGGAUGGCUCCUGAGGUUGUGAUGAAUACCAAUGGCUACAGUCUUGCAGUGGAUAUAUGGAGUUUAGGGUGUACAGUUCUUGAAAUGGCAACAUCCAAACCUCCUUGGAGCCAAUAUGAAGGGGUGGCAGCAAUAUUUAAAAUAGGAAACAGCAAAGAUAUGCCAGAAAUUCCUGAUUAUCUUUCUCAGGAUGCAAAGAGUUUUGUGAAACUAUGCUUGCAGCGAGACCCUUUAUCACGUCCUACAGCAGCUAGACUACUAGAACAUCCUUUCAUUCGGGAGCAAACAACGUCAAGAGCUGCUAACACUACCAUAACACAAGAUGCAUUUCCCUUUGCUUUUGAUGGUAGCAGGACGCCGCCAAUUCUAGAGCCUGUGGUCACACCUCCCAGAGGCGCAAGGAGCCCCAGAGAUAAUGCAAGAAUGAUUACAUCAUUGCCCGUGUCACCUUGUUCGAGUCCAUUACGACAGUAUGGAGGAGGAGCACAGAGGAGCUACUUUCUUUCUCCACCUCACCCAACUUUUGCCAUGAUGGGACAAAGUGCAUACAACAUGACUGAGUACUCCUCAUAUAACGUGAGUGAGUACUCUUCGUAUCCAACAAGAUCAUCAACCGCAUCUUACACUCGUGAUCCCUUUCGUGAAGUUUUAUCUGAGCAUAAAGCUCGAACUCCUCCUGGUGGAUCCCCAAGAACAAGAUUCCUUUGAGUUUGUAAAUAUACCAUCAAACCACAAGUUUUCACUACCGAGAAUGCCUCAGUGGGCUGGAACGACUCUCCCAGAAGUUGAUGUUGGAUUUUGGAAGUUAUAUCCACAUGAUUACCCCUUCCUUCUGUACGAACCAUUCGGAUUCUUUAUGUAUAUGGGAAUGUGGAGAGGGGAGGGGUGGGGAGAGAAGAGACACAAGUGUUAUAUAUUUUGCUGAGAAAAGAGGGAUUUUUCUUGAUCCUGUUACAGUGUCUUAUUGAUUAUUGUAAAUGGAAGGCGAUCAACGUUGGUAACAACAAUGUUGUACAUCAGUUUAAAUGGCAAAAAGAUCAUUUCUUAUACCAAAA